AUAAGAAAUGGGGAAAAGGAAAGGAUAGGGUGGAUGAUGAAGACAUUACUUUCCAGCGCAUGGUUGCAAAGGGAUCUUGGCUUCUUUGGGGCAAUUAAUGCCGUCAGAUGCAGGAGGUUGCCGGAGAACGAGGAGGAUAUCUUCAUGGGCGAGGGGCUCUGGACAGUGAUGACUUACUCUACCUUAAGGAACAAAUGGAAGCUGAGGAAGAUGCAGAGCGCUUAUUGCGUCGCACAGAAAAACGGGCAUUUGCUGCUUUUAAGAAAGCAGCUAGUUUAGCAGAUUCAACUCCUCCAUCUUUGCCUUUACCGCUGCGAGUUGAACCAAAACCAAAGAGCGGUAUCAGGCAGCAAGAUCUAUUAAAGAAAAUUGUGGAAGUGAAGCCAAAAAAGCCGAGAGUAGCAAGCCCAUCUGAGCCAUCUGGCACAGCUGAGCUCUCUUCUUCAUCAAACGCAACUGGAGGUCUGUCAAAGUCGCUUCUAGUCUCAUCUCCUACCAGCACUGAGAGGAGCCCUAUGAAGGAUUCAUCAGUCACUACAACAAGACCCAUCGGAGGUGUGGAUUCUAAUAUGGAGAAUCCAGCUAAAAGUUUAUUAGGGAUAGCUUAUGAUAGUUCCGAUGAGGAUUAGCUUGACAUUGGAAUUUUUUUUAAUUUAAUUUAAUUUUUUUUGUAUUUUCUUGAGUUUAGGUAGGAUUUGAGGAUUAGUUUGCUUAUCUUUGUUUUAAUUGUAACUUUUUAUUUGU